AGAGAUCGUGGAGAAUGUCAAGAACGGCGGACACCCGGCGUUCAGGCCCAGCACGGAGGACGAGGUGGCCGAGGAGGAGGUGAUGCAGAUGAUGAAGAAGUGUUGGGCCGAGGAGUACAUGGAGCGGCCAGACUUCCAACAGCUCAAGACCAUCAUCCGCAGGCUCAACAAGGACAACGAGUCUGGGAACAUCCUGGACAACCUCCUCUCACGUAUGGAACAGUACGCCAACAACCUGGAGGCACUGGUGCAGGAGCGUACAGCUGACUACCUGGAGGAGAAGCGGCGCUGUGAGGAGCUACUCUACCAGCUCCUGCCCAAGUCGGUGGCAAGUCAGCUGAUCGCAGGUAAGAGUGUGGUAGCAGAGACCUACGACUGUGUCACCAUCUACUUCAGCGAUAGUUUUACUACUCUCUCUGCCCAGUCAACGCCCUUAGAGGUGGUUGAUCUGCUCAAUGACUUGUACACUCGUUUUGAUGCCAUCAUUGAAAAUUUUGAUGUGUAUAAGGUGGAGACCAUUGGUGAUGCAUACAUGGUGGUCUCUGGGUUACCAAUGAGGAACGGGACACAGCACACCCGGGAGAUUGCCAGCAUGUCCCUGGCACUCCUGAGGGAGGUGGAGACAUUCACCAUCCGGCACCGGCCACAGGACAAGCUCAAGCUGAGGAUUGGCAUGCACACAGGACCGUGUGUGGCUGGUGUGGUGGGCCUCAAGAUGCCACGCUAUUGUCUCUUUGGUGAUACUGUCAACACAGCCUCACGCAUGGAGAGCAAUGGACAACCCCUGAAGAUCCAUGUGUCCCCAACAACACAAAAGAUGUUAGCAGAAAACUACCCAUCGUUUAUUCUAGACUUACGAGGGGAGGUCGAUAUGAAGGGCAAAGGAAGAAUGAACACCUAUUGGCUGCUCGGGAAGCAAGAAGCUGACUCUUAAAGAGAUGUCACAAGUCAUCUUCAGCCUCCAGAACUCUUCUUAUUUCUUGGAACUGACCGCUUCUACCCUCUACACAUAUAAUGUUCAGUGUUAAGAGUCUCACCAACUGGCUGCUGUAGACCCACAGUGCUCCAUUCUCUGGAGCUACAACACCAUUUGUAAAACUAAAUGAAAAAGGCCUAUUUCAUUGCUGACAAUUUUGUAAAUGCACUAUGCAUGAGGACUACAUCAGUGUCAGUUAAAAUAAAACAUGCAAACUCACACGUACAUACAUACAUACAUACAUACAUACAUACAUGUGCACACACGCACUUCCAGGACAUAUUAAUCCUUCUCUAUACAUGUUGUAUGUUGAUGUGACUACCUGUAGAUUGUCUUGUCUCUGAUGUAGUGUAAUUGUGUUGCCACAAUGUGACUGAACCACAAGAAACACCAGUACUGUACUUAUUCAUCUGUUAAUAAGUAUACUACAAUAGAAAUUGUAUUAUUUCUAUAUAACACUAAAUACUGCUCAUCAUAAUAACAUAUUUGUAAUUUUCUUAUUAAUCAAUAGUGAAGUUACUUAUGUAGCUGAAUUUUUUUGUAAUUUAGUAGUUUCCCUUUACUUAAAAAGCAGUUCACCAGUGAAAGUGAAAUAGGUACAGUAAUGUAAAUAUGUGACUCCAUAGUACAUUAAACCCUCACAUAUAUGGAUCCACCACAUAGUGUGAAUUUGGACAUGUGUGGAAGGAAUCUAAAAAAAUAAUUACAUUAUAAGAAUAGUAAAUUGCUUUAAAGCGUUGACCAUCAUGAAGCAGAUGUUAAUUUUAUAGAGGUGUGGCUCUUGGUCAUGAGCUGAAGCUGUUGUAAGCUUUACCAUGGAUAAAAAGUCAGAAACAUCAGGUUGGUAAGCUGAGGUUGGUUACCAACACUGUGGUGUGAAUAAAUACAAAAACACAUAAUUUUGUGCAAACAGAAGGUUGAUAAAGAAUUAGCUAAUGCUACUUCGGUCUAUAUUCUGCUUUAUUUUGGUGUAGACUGUUGAGGACUUAAUGGUUUAACAAGGUGCCUGAACAAGGGACGUGGAAGGCAAUCAAGAUUGGAAGACUGCUUUUUAAAGAAGUUAGGUAUACAGUGCUAGUUACACUAAUGUGUUAAAUACAGAUCCACUUAGUCAGAUGUGUUCUGCACAGAAAUCCAUGUUAUAUUUCCCUUUCCUUCAGUUAAAUGAAAUUAAUGAGGUUUCAUUGUAUUGUACAGUUACACACAGAAUUUUGUGGUUGACCCAAGGUGGAGGGUAUGGAGCCUAUCCUACCAUUACUGGACGGUGAAUCACUGUCUAGAUGACCCUCAACACGCAAAGUAGCACCUGUAUAGUUUAAUUGAUUUAUAGCAGUUUUAACUCUGUAGAAUGACAUAAUUAAACAUAACAGUAUUACUCAAGUCCUUCUACAGAGUUAAAACUGCUAUAAAUCAAUUAAUAAACUACACCAGUGCUAGUUUGUGUUAGGUGCCGGGACGGAUUGACACUGACUCGCAGUCCAGUAAGGGUGGGACAGGUGCCAUACACUCCACCUUGGGUGAAUCACGAAAUUCUGUGUGCAACUGUACAUUAAUGUACAGUCCAUAUGUUAAUGUUUAAUGUUAAAGAACAUUAUGAUGUAUUAUAGAUAAAUAUACAAUUUGCAUUAAGCCAAACUUUUCACAUUCACAAAUAGGUGUUGGUCCCAAAAAUAUCACAUGUACUGUACUAGGUUAUACUGUACUGCAAUAUAAAUACUGCACUGUUGUUCAUACUUUCGGCAAAAAAUAAUAACUUUGAAGUACUGUAUAAAAUUUAACAAAUCUUUCUUAAUUAUUAUAUUACUCAUAAACUACUAGAUUUUUGCUUUCUGAAAAUAAUUUAAAAUUUAGCAUAAGUAAAUUAUAUGGUGGACGUCAGUGUUGUUUGACCUCUAUCCAGCUGGAGUCUUACUGUACUGUACUCUAUUUGUGCUUGCAUCUAUUUUCAUAUACUACUGUACAAUACUGUAUUUUUAACAGUUAUAUUUGGUCAGACAGGUUUUUAAUCCCUUCUAUCUGCUACAGACAACACUGCUCAUUCCAGUAGUCAUUUGGUACAAGAAAUCUGAUAUCAUUGAUCGGUUCUUCCAAAAAUCAUUGAACGUGUUCCUGACAAUUUUGCAUUUAUGACCUAUUUAUGAUGGCUAUUGCAGUUCAGUGGCAGAAAUAAAUCAUUAUUCAGGGUUUGCUAA